CUGUCAGCAGUCACUGGUGUAAGUACCAUUAGCAAUGCCAGUUCAGUGACCAUCUUGUGGAGUGCUCCAUUCUCUCUGGAUGUGACUGGUGUUGAUCCUGAUAUCUGGUACUCUGUCCUCAUCUACAAUGUGACAGAUGAGAACAACCCAACAGCCAUCCUCUGUACUGACUGUAUCAAUAUCACUGAGACACACUACACCUUCACUCCUGACUACCUCAGUCCUUGUCAUGUGUACAACUUCUCUGUCAUCCCUCUGAAUGGAGCUGGCCAGGGAGAGAGUAGUCCCAACAUUACCAUUGGUAGCUAUGAAGGUCUACUUUCAUCAGAACUCAUAUCAAAGCUCUUUGUGAUGAUGUUGCAGUUACUUAUUAUAUUCUUUGAAGUGUUCACAGCUGCUGGACCUGUGAAUGUAUCUCAUGAUACCUUCACAACCUAUGAUGUUCACAGUCUGUUAGUGGAAGAAGGAGGAGGAGGAGUGUUAGUGAGAGGGGAGUUCAUGAGUGGGUCACGAGCUACAGGAUGUCUGGUAGUCCUUCAGGGACCUCCCUCCUCUCCUGACAUAUUCAGAGCUCUCCUGAGGACCCAGUCUCAGGACACUGUCUCCACCACUGUACCUGUCCCUCCCUCCACUUACACUGUGUAUGGAUAUGACCUUGAGGAGAAUGGACUACCCAACACCAUGCCUGCUGUGGUACUGGAGAGUCAGAUAUUGAUGAACUCAGAGGUCUAUCCCGAGGCCUCAUGUCUCCUGGUCUACAGAGAGUAUGGCAGUCCUCUCCUGACAGUGGUGGAGUUGUCCAAACUCAUCAACUUCCCUGUCUCUAUCACUGUGGACAACCCUGAGAACUAUACCUUUGCACUGUUUGGGAAGAAUGGUGCAACUAGUUUGGAUGAAGAGCCACUGGUGUGUACUAAAUUCAGUGACUCUGCAGGUCUCCAGACAAGAAAUGUGGUGUAUGAUGAGGUAGCUCUUUCCCCAACCACCACCUCAUCCUCUGUCAUUCUAACUGAACCCAACACAGCCUAUGUCACCACCACAAUACCAACUGACCAGAAUGUGGCUUAUGCUGUGCAUUCAUCGUCAUAAUGUGUGUUACUGUUUUAGUGUCAUUGCAUAUUAAUAGAUGCUGCUGAAUAAGACACCAAGCAAAAUAAUGUAUAUACCACUUGAAAUAAUUAUGUGGAAAUGGGUUAGUAAGUAACAGUGUACUCUAGACAUUAUGGCAUGAUGUUUAGAUAUGGUAUUCACAGUG